AUGAGGUCUACUUUUGCAUUGAUUGUAAGCAUCUCCGGGAUAUACUUCUACACCACGGCUAGGAAGAUCAUCAUGAUGGCCUAUAGGGAUGAUGAGCUCUCUGGUAGCAUCCUCCUGCCCAACUCUAGUGGUGUUAAGCCUAGCUAUGGUCUGCAGUUUGCUUCUUUGAUGGGGACUCAUUUUUUUGCCUGCAAAGUUAAGGUCAAAAGGCACCAACUCUUCCCAGCUUUCUUGACAAUUCGUCGAACAGAGCCUCAGUGCCUCAAUCUCUUCUGUUCUUCUACCUUGAACAUAGCUUCCAUGGCAUCUUCCUCAUCUUCCCUUCUUUCUGGGUCCCCCUGUCCUUCGAAGUGCCAUGUGUUUCUAAGCUUCAACAGUGAAGAUAACCACAAGAAUUUUGUUGGUCAUCUCUGUAAACGCUUGAGCUUUGAAGGAGUAUACACUAUAAGAAAUGACGAAAAACUUGAACUUCUUGAACCCAUUGAAGAAUCGAGAUUUUUUCUUGUUCUUCUCUCGGAAAACUAUGUCGCUUCUAUUCAGUGCUUGGAUGAACUUGUAAAGAUCAUCGAUUGCUGGGAGAGAAUGGGAAAAAUGGUCGUACCCAUUUUUUAUAAUGUAGAUCCAAUCGAUGUGAGAGAUCAGAGAGGCAAAGUGGCAGAAGCUUUUGUAAAGCAUGAAGAAGUUUUCAGGGAGUACAUGGAGAAGGUGCAGAGGUGGAAAGAUGCUCUAACAAAAGUGGCCUCAAUUUGUGGGUGGGAUUCACAGCAAUGGGAGGACAAAAUCUUGAUAGAACAAAUUGCAAGAGAUAUUUCAGACAAAUUAAUUUAUACAUCAUCAAGCAAUGGCAGUGACUUUGUUGGAAUGGGUUCUCACAUUACAGAAAUGGAAAGGAUAUUACAUUUUGAGUCAAAUGCUGUCCAUAUGGUAGGAAUCUGGGGUAUGGGCGGCAUAGGUAAAACAACAAUUGCGAAGGUUAUUUAUGACAAACUUUGUAGCAAAUUUGAGGUUCAUUGUUUUCUUGCAAAUGUUAAAGAAAAUUUCAGAGAACAUGGUGCUACUUCUUUACAGCAGAAAAUCUUAUUGGAAAAAAGGAAAAUAAAUACAUGGACUUUCAAUGCCAAUUUUAGUAUAAUCAAGAGAAGGCUAUGUCACAAAAAGGUUCUUCUUGUUCUUGAUGAUGUGGAUGAUCUGAAGCAAUUGGAAGCAUUGGCCAGAGAGCCUGAUUGGUUUGGUCAAGGAAGUAGGAUCAUCAUAACCACACGUGACAAACACUUGCUAUUUACACAUGGAGUAAAGGAUAUAUAUGAUGUUCAGUAUCUAAAUACUGAUCAAGCCCUUCAGCUCUUUAGUCAGCAUGCGUUCAAGCAAAAUAACCCCAAAAUAGAGUAUCUGGGGCUCUCAAAACAGUUUACAUCUUUUGCCAAAGGUCUUCCUUUGGCUCUUAAGGUUUUGGGUGCUUUUCUCAAUGAUAAAACCAUGCUUAAGUGGCAAAGUGUGCAAAAUGAACUAGCAAUGAUUCCUGACUUGAAAAUUCAUGAUGUGUUGAGAGUAAGUUUUGAUGGACUAGAUGAUACACAGAAAGAUGUAUUUCUUGAUAUUGCAUGCUUUUUCAAUGAGGAGAACAAAGAAUUUGUAAGAGAUAUUUUGGAAGGUUGUGGCUUCUUCCCAGAUAUAGCAUUUGCAGUUCUUGAGGAUAAAGCUCUUAUAACCAUUUCAAAUAAUAGUUUGUUGAUGCAUGAUUUGCUGAAAGAAAUGGGUCAUGAAAUUGUACAAGAAGAAUCUAAAGAUCCUGGCAAACGUAGUAGGUUGUGGAUUCCUGAUGAUAUUUUCCAAGUACUGGCCAAAAACAUGGGGACUCAAAUGAUUGAAGGCAUAGUUCUUAAUAUGUCUAAAAUAAGAGAGAUGCACUUGAGUUCUGAAACCUUUGCAAAGAUGCAUAGUCUUAGAUUGCUCAAAUUCUAUAGUACUAGUGCUAAGCCUAUAAGUACAGUGCACCUACCUGAUGAAGGUCUCCGUUCUCUUUCUAGUAAGCUAAGACUCCUCCAUUGGGAAUGUUUUCCUUCAAAAUCUCUUCCAUCUAGCUUUCAUGCUGAAAAGCUUGUGGAGCUUCGCUUGGUUGCUAGCAAUGUAGAACAACUCUGGACUGGAGUACAGGACCUUGUGAAUUUAAAACGGAUUGACCUGAGUUACUCCAGGUAUCUGACUAGAAUCCCAGAUUUAUCGAAGGCCCAAAAUCUUGAGAGAUUGGAGCUUGUGACCUGCCAAAAUUUGGUUGAGGUUUCCUCUUCUGUUCAAUGUCUUAACAAGCUUGUCUCCCUAGAUCUGAGUGAUUGCAAAAAUCUAAGAAGUCUCUCCGGUGGGAUUAAUCUGAAAUCUCUCAAGGCUCUUAUUCUCACUAGCUGUUCAAGCCUUAGUGAAUUUCCUGAGAUCUCGGGAGAUGUUGAAUGUCUCAGCUUUAGUGGUACAGCAAUAGAAGAACUCCCUCAGUCUAUUGGAUCUCUUCCUACUCUAGCUCAUUUAUACCUAAAAAACUGCACAAGGCUCAAGAAACUUCCAAGCAGCAUUGCUAAGUUAACAUCUCUUAGCGCUAUGUUUCUCUCUGGAUGCUUAAAUAUCACAAAGAUUCCAGAGAUCCCUCAAAAUGUGGAAUGUUUAGACUUGAGUAAUACUGCAAUUGAAGAAGUGCCCUCAGCGAUUUGCACUCUCUCAAGACUUUCUGCAUUAAAUCUGUCGAACUGCAAAAGGCUUAAAAGUUUCCCGAAUGGCAUUUGCAAGUUGGGAUGCCUUAGAAGACUUUCUCUCUCUGGCUGCUCAGAACUUGAGGGUUUCCAUAACUUGAAAUCUCUCCCUUGUCUACAAAGCCUAGAUUUAAGCAGCUGUGAUCUGUCAGAAUUCCCUAGCAACCUGAGUGAUUUAUCCUCAUUGGAGGAUUUAGAUCUCAGCAAAAAUAAUUUUCAGAGCCUACCUGCAACCUUCAAAAUUCUAUCAAAACUGAAACUUCUGAACCUAAGCCAUUGCAAGAGGCUUAUGUACUUACUGGAGAUUCCCCCAUGCAUAAAAGUUCUGAAGGCAUGCCACUGCACAUCAUUAGAAAUUGUACCACGCAUAAAAAGUUUGUGGGAGCCAAACAUUGAGUGUUGGGAUUUUGCUAAUUGCUUCACAUUAAAUCAAACGGAAACCAACAACAUAGUGGAAGAUGCUCAAGGGAGCAUUCUGCAUAUGGCAACAGCCUCAAAGCAAGACGAUGACAAUAAGCGCUAUCGGAGUCAAUUCCGCUAUCCAGGGGGUGAAAUUCCCGAAUGGUUCUGUAAGAAAGAUACAGGAUCAUCAUUAACAUUAAUGUUGUCAUCAAAUGGUCGUCCACUCCUGGGAAUUUCUUUUUGUGUUGUUAUUAGCUGUGAAAUCCCCUCUGCGGUCAGAAAUGUUUGUUGCAAGUGUCAUUUGAAAGCUGUGAAGGGUGAAUCUGACGAUCGCUUUUUCACAUCCCAUUAUUGGGCAGGAAAUGAAGAGAUCCUCAAUUCAGAUAAUAUUUUCCUAUGGUUUAACUCCUGGGAAACUGAGUCAGCCAAAGGGGAUAAUGGGUUUAAUAAAUAUUAUCAGGCUUCGUUCGAAUUCCUUGCUUCAGACCAUUCAAACAAGCUCAUCAACAUGAAGAAAUGUGGCGUCCAUCUACUCUACAGUGAGGAAACAAAUGAAAGUCAGGUUAAAACUGCUGACAAGAAUUUUACAGCAGUAAGCGAAGAUUGUUGGGUGCUAACGAGGGAAGAUACAAACAAUAAGAGAGGCCGUGAUGAUGACUGCUUCACUGGCAGCAAGCCUUAUGAAAGUGGGAGAUCUAACAAGAGAAUUAGAAGAUGUUCUGCGUAGUUUACUGCAUAUUCAGAUGAUAUGUCAUCAUGGUAAACUCUUAUUUAGAUUCAGUGAGUUGUCCAUUUCUUGUUCUUCAUUUUUUUUCCCUAACUGGUAAGUGAACCUACUGUUUUUCUCUGGUACGUAAUGGUGAUCACUGGAAUUUAUAUCU